AUGGCGGCGCCCAGGGCGCUGGCGGCGGCGCGGAGAGCGGUGGCGGCGGCGGCGGCGCGCGGGUGCCGCGCGGCGGCGGGGGGCGGGGCCGGGGCCGGGGCGGGGCCGGCGGGGCGGAGCCGGCUGUACGAGCAGGCGCGCGAGGGCAUCAUCGGGCGGCCGCAGCUGGACGUGGCGGCGCUGGCGGCGCGCGCCGAGGAGGCCGCGCGGGACCUGGAGCGGCGCAAGGGCCCGCUGGGGCCCGACGACCUGCGUGACGUCCUGGCCACCUGGGAGCGCCUGGGGGAGGUGCGGGAGGCCAUCGCCCGCCUGGAGGCCGAGAAGGUCGAGGUCGCCCUGCGCGUCAAGGCCCUGCUGGCGAGCCACACCAAGGAGGCUGCAGAGACGCUGGCCGAGCAGCGGGCCCGGGGCCGGCGCCUGCGCCUGCAGCUCCAGGAGCUGCUGCCCGCCGAGGCCGCCCUGGAGCAGCGCUUCUACCUCAAGGCCCUGCAGCUGCCCAACCGCAGCCACCCCGAGGCGCCCCUCGGCGACCAGAGCCAGGCCCGCGUGGUGGAGGUGGUGGGAGAGAAGCCGGGGAGCCGCAGGGUGAAGGAGAUCUCCAGCGCCUCCAACUGCACCGACUUCCAGAGCCGGCGCCUCAACAUCAUGUACAGUGACGGCGCCGGGCGGCUGCGGCAUGCGCACACGGUGAACGGCACGGCCUGCGCCGUCCCCCGGACGCUCAUCGCCCUGCUGGAGUGCAACCAGCUGCCGGACGGGCGGGUGCGCGUGCCCCCGGCCCUGCAGCCCCUGGUGGGCAGCGCCGUGCUGGCCCGGCCCCGGGCGCCGCUGCUGCGCUACGUGGGACCCAACCAGCCCAAGGGCGCCCGCGCCGCCCCCUGAACGCCCCCCCCCACUCCCCACCCCGGCCGGGGCACCUGCGUCCCCCCCACCCCCCCGCUGCCCGAGGGGGGGGGACGACAUGGAGCCGCCCGAGGGGACGCGGAGCCGCCCGAGGGGGGGGACGGAUGAGGGACGCGGACGCAUCGGAGGGGACGCGGAGCCGCCCGAGGGAGAACACGGAUGCGCCGAGAGGAGGACGUGGAUCUGCCACGCAGGGGGGGGACACGGACGCGCCAGAGAAAAACCCGGGAUCUACCGGAGCCGGGGGGGGGGGGGG